AUGCAACAGCCGCCGACAGACCAGGAUUGGAGCCCCCCCACAGUGUCAUCCACGCCUGGUGCCUCCGCAGCCCCUCCUGCAGCUGCGCCAAGCACCCCGCCGUGGCUCCUAGGCAGGGACCUUCCGGAAACAGUCUCUGGUUGCCCCACGUGCCCUGUCUGCCACCGUGAUGUUCGCCCAGGGGCUUCUGGGCCCGAAGCAACUUUCGCGUGGCCACAGUGCGGCCAUGCUCUGCACCUCGGCUGUGCCGCGCAUGUGGUGGUCAAUGUCUCUCCCCUUGCUCUCGCGUGCCCCUCGUGCAGGGCCUCCUGGCCUGCCUCAGCGGCUGAUCUCCUUUUGGAUGCGUGUCGGGUCCACUCUGUCCCCAUCCCGGCCCCCGCGCCCGACCAUGAUACCACGUCCGACUUGCACCGUGCCGCAAUUGCGCCACCACCCCCAGCACACAUUUUGCCACUGUGCUUCCCGCGUGUCUACUUGGCAAACCCUCGUGCAGCAGCUAGUGAGGGGGCCUGGGAAGAGCUCCCUGGCCGCCACAUGCAUUGGGCUCCCGUUCACAACAGGCAGUCAGGGGAGUGGCGAGCGGAGUGGGCUUGCCUCCGCUGCAACACCACUGUCGACGAGUCCCACCCGCUGCUCGCCGCCAUCCCGCAGAGGCCACUUUGCACCUUGCACGGCCCACGGGCCCUCGCACUUGAUCUGAGGGAACAAUCUCUUGUCACCGCACUCCAGGCUUUGCAGCAAGUUGCCGUCGCUGACGGGCGCCGCCUGCCGCCAGCCGAGAUUGCCCUACUCACGUCGCUCGCGCAGGAAACUGCCUGUCUGCCGCCCUCUGCCCGGGCGCAUUUCCUUUGGGCAUGGCAGCGCUUGACCCUGCCGGAGGGAUACAUACCAGCCACGGCCCAAGAGUGUUUGCUACAUGUCUUCCUGGGGGAGCGUGAGGCCUCCGCCCUUGUCCAGGCAAUCUCUGCACAGGCCGUGCCCAAUCAGCCGCCCGCCCAGCCAACUGCACCAGAAGACUCGCAGAGGAACCCCUCUGUUCCGGCCCCAGCGAUCGAAGGCCCCCCCCGCGGUGUCGCGGAGUCUCUUGCCGAACCUUCUCAGCAAACACAAUCCUUGGACUUGCAGGGACCGCGCCUACGCGCAGCACUUGCGGCCCUUGACCAGUACGAUGCCGUUGCAGUCCUUUCGCAGCCCUGCGCCCUCUUUCGCACUCCGCCAGCCUUCGUGCGCGGCCAACUGCGACAGGCUCUGCAAUGCGCCCUGUCGGCAAUUGAAGUGUGUGCCGACCCUGCAGGAACAGACGCCGAACGGGCGUGGAAACUCUGGUUGUUCUUGCCUCGCAUGCUGCUCCACCGGCUUGGUGGCGUGCCCCGCCUGCCCAAGCCCACCCUCCGUGCUAGGUUCCAGGCGUUCUUCAGGGGCGAUUGGCCUGCGCUCCUUGAUGAAGCAACUUCGGGGGUAGCCCCACGGCAGCCACCACCGCGCCUCAGUAGCGACUCCCGGGCGGACCGCGCUACCCACCUUGCGCAUCUGGGCGAACUCUCAGCAGCACGGCAGGCCCUUCUCGCGGAGCCCCUUGGUUUGGGGGACGAGGGCACGUUGCAGCAACUGCGGGAUCCAGCCCGCCGUCCAUCAGAGCCGUACGAGCCACUCAAUGCCGACGUCUUGCAAUACAGUCCAAACUCCCUGAUCGAUCUCCCGCGCUCAGCGUUGUUCGCCAACCUGCGGCGAUCCAGGCGGGGCGCUGCACCUGGCCCGAGCGGCUAUACUUCCGAGAUUGUCCGGCUCGUCGUGGAUGCUGAAAGCGCAAUCGAAUCACUCAGCACUGUUGCCACCCGCCUUGCCAACGCGCAAUUGCCGGCUCCAGUCUCCGCAGCCCUGGGCUUGGGGCGACUCGUAGCGGUCCGCAAGCCUGCAGGCGGAGUUCGGGGCAUUGUCGUGGGCGACUUCCUUCGCGUGCAACCCCCUGCUCUGCCUGCAGCGCCUGAUGGCGCACGGCUUUGGGUCGGCGACCUUGGCCUCCCCGCCUCCGAACGUGGCUUGCGCAUCCUCGGCACUCCUUUGGGCACUCCUGAGUACAUCGCCGCUCAACUCGAGUCCUUGUCCACGCAGCGUGGUACCCUCUUCGCGAGGCUCCCUGAUGUUCCCGAUCUGCAAGUUGCCUGGCUCCUGCUACUGUUCUGCGCCUUGCCUAGGGCGCAGUACGUCCUCCGGGUCUUGCCCCCCCACCAAACCGCGGCCUUCGCUGGCGGCACUCCUCCGUGUCGAGUCCUCCGGGGCGUUUCUGGCACACAGCGCCACGUGCGGGCGCGCGCAGCUCGCCAUGCAACAUGGUGGCCUCGGUCUGCGCAGCACAGCUGCGCAUUCUUGCGCAGCGUACUUUGCGUCGUGGGCCGACGCCUUGCGGGCCAUCGAGGCUCGUGA